GUUACAUUAUAAUUUUGAAAAGGGAAGACAUCUUGGAAAAUGGAGGCGCUAUUGAGAAUUCUUGUUCUCCUCGCCGCUCUAAUGGCUUUUAUUGAGACUAUCGAAGCGUGGUAUCCAUACGGAUAUCCAGGUUAUAUUCCUGGAUAUAACUACAUUCCGGGAAUGCCCUAUUACCCGGGAGCGCCGCCACCAUACUACGCACCAUUUAUACACCCAGCGUUGCCGAGUCCUGGGCCAUGGUUCUUCAGACCAAUGACGUGGAACCUCUCUCCUAGCUUGACGUCAUUCUUCAGUCCUGGCAACGGUAACGGCUGGUCGAAAAUCAAAACGUUUCAGUAUCAUUUCUAAAAGGUUUAUAUGUAUAAAAUAAAGUGCUUUGUUA